UCAAACAAACAUCGCCCUAAGAAGCAAUAGCCGCAAUUGUAAGAAGUGUCAUUACAAAUAAAUCGAAAUCGGAGCCUUUCAGAGCGUGUGCGCCCGAACUUGGGCUGCGUCUCUGUGACGGGGCGGUGCCUCUCGACUUAAGGAGCUCGUAAUGAGCUGCAAGUGUUGUCUUACAGAGAGGAAGGCGCGACAGAUUUCUCCUGAUUAUCGUAGAUACAACAUUCGGCUUUGUUUCAUUUUCUUUUUAAACUCGAAAAUUCACUCUGAGAGUGUGGAAACAGCAUUGAAAGGCAUUGCUCCGCGCUGAUUAUGUGUCUGUGGAUGUCAUUUUUACCGCCUUGUCGACGAUUUUUUUUAAACUGUCGUUCUGGGAACUGGCCUAACCUAACGAAAUACUCAUUCCUCAUACAAAGAGGAAUACUGCGAGAGCAAAAAUAAAGGUUGGCCAAGAUGUCAUCGAUCGCUGCUUACUAUGCAGGAAAAAAUGUGCUCAUCACAGGAGCCACUGGCUUCAUGGGCAAAGUACUUGUGGAGAAACUGCUGCGGUCCUGCCCUGACGUGAAAGCUAUCUACAUAUUGGUGAGGCCUAAAGCUGGACAGUCGAUGCAGGCAAGAGUCACAGAUAUGAUGAAAUGCAAGUUGUUUGAUAGGGUGAGGGAAGACUUCCAGAAGAAGAUUAUUCCAAUCGGCAGUGAGCUGAUGCAGCCUAACCUGGCCAUCAGUUCAAAGGACACUGAACAUCUGCUCUCCUGCAUUAACGUUGUCUUCCACUGUGCAGCUACCAUUCGAUUCGACGAGCCUUUAAAACAUGCCCUACAGCUGAAUGUGGUGGCUACACAGCAAUUGUUAGUGCUGGCCCGGCAGAUGCAAAAGCUUGAAGCCUUCAUUCACAUCUCCACUGCUUACGCAAACUGCAACCGGAACCAUGUAGAAGAGGUCAUAUACCCUCCGCCUGUAGAGCCAAAGAAGCUCAUCGACUCUUUAGAGUGGAUGGAUGAUAGCAUGAUCCAAGACAUCACCCCCAAACUGAUAGGAGACCGGCCAAACACAUAUACUUAUACAAAGGCACUCGCAGAGUAUGUGGUGCAGCAAGAGAGUGAAGGUUUGAAUAUUGCCAUAAUCAGGCCUUCUAUUGUUGGAGCCAGUUGGCAAGAGCCAUUCCCAGGCUGGAUUGACAAUUUCAAUGGACCAAGUGGGCUUUUCAUCGCUGCUGGCAAAGGGAUUCUUCGCACUAUGAGAGCUACUAAUGAUGCAGUAGCUGACCUGAUCCCUGUUGAUGUAGUGGUUAAUCUCACGCUUGCAACUGGUUGGUAUACAGCAGUUCACAGGCCAAAAACUACCCUCAUUUACAAUUGUACCACAGGAGGCAUCAACCCGUUUCACUGGGGAGAGAUUGAGUACCACGUCAUUUCCACGUUUAAGAGGAAUCCUCUGGAUCAGGCCUUUAGAAGGCCUAACGCAAAUAUUACAUCAAACUACUUGAUUAAUCAGUAUUGGAUUGCUGUCAGUCACAAAGCUCCUGCUUUGGUUUAUGAUCUUUAUCUGAGGCUAACAGGGCAGAAACCACGAAUGAUGAAGAUCUUCAACAGACUUCAUAAAUCCAUGAUGCUGCUGGAGUACUUCAGCAGCAAGUCCUGGGACUGGAGUUCAGAGAACAUGAACAUGCUGCUGAGUCAACUCAGCCUCGAGGAUAAGAGGGGAUUCAAUUUUGAUGUUCGCCAGCUUCACUGGCCAGAAUACAUUGAGAAUUACUGCAUAGGAACUAAGAAAUAUGUGCUAAAUGAAGACAUGUCUGGACUCCCAGCAGCAAGACAGCAUCUAAAGAAGCUACGAAACAUCCGCUAUGCCUUCAACACAAUUCUUCUCGUUGUCAUCUGGCGUGUUUUUAUUGCUCGAUCACAAAUGGCUCGCCACAUCUGGUAUUUUGUUGUGAGCCUGUGCUACAAAUUCCUGUCCUACUUCAGGGCAUCCAGUACUCUCCGGCACUGAGGCCUAUCCCAUUUGGCAUUCUGCAAAUUGAAGGACAUCAAUUUGCUACAAAUGACAAGCAACCCUUUUGGAAUAUUCCCUCCCCAGAAAGGCCACAAGACUUCCCAAGCCAUCGUAAAGAAAAUAAUGUGACUCUGCAUUCCAACGUAACCAAACUACACUGCCAAUGUUAUAAUAAAGAACGAUAAUAUUUUCACACCAAGUAUAUGUUGGUGUGACCUUCUGGUUUUCUAGCAUUACCAUCUUGUUCAAAUUGAUACCAUAAAGAAUUUUUCAAUGUCUGUAUUUCUACACACUUUCAUGCAAUACCCUGGCUUGACUUUUACAGGUAAUUGCUGGAAUGGAUUGUAAAGUACAAAAUUGUCUCUUCUGCAUCACGAUAUUUUGGAUGCAGGGCCCUUAUUCACAAAAGGAACCUGCGCAGUGUAUAGACCUGAUUAGUCCCAAUACAUUAAAGACUGGUUUUGCAUCCAGUUAUCUUUGUGAAUAGGGCUUGAGGCCCAUUGUACAGUUAAUGUAAUAGGAAAAUCACUUUCCAGCAAUAACACAGUAACAUUCUACUUCUUGGUGCUAAAAUGGCAAAGAAAGCUUACUAAACAUUUCUGGGUGUUUUACACUUGUAAAAUGUAUAUAUAAAGUUGACAUUUGACCAAAACAUAUGAAGUUGCUUCUAUUUCUUGCAGGACGCCACCAUUUCUCCCCCUCCCAAAGUUUGCCAACUUGCCACCAUCUGAAGACCUUGGCAGCAACACCACAAUUUUAUGACAACAGAAUAAAAAGAACUGAUACGUGAAACUAAUUCUGUUGUAUCUUGUGCCUGACUGCGAAUCACUAGAGAAGAGCUAUUCCAGAUUUUAACAUUGGCCAAGGCUUUUCUUGAUAAAACAGAAAGGAAUUAUGUCAUGUGUUACAGUCUUUGUAGAGACAGAGUCGUUUUAGAAGACAAAUUCAGACUUAUAGUUUUUGGCUGAAAGGAUGACAUGACAGGAUUUCAUUGUUGAGUCUUUUACAGUAAAUGCCUUAAAAGCAGUUUAUUAACCUCUAUUUUUGUAGGCAAUUUAUACCUUAAAGUACAGAACAGAUUAGAACUUUAAACAGAAAACAAAAAUACUUUCAGGUAUACGUUGCGUUGCCCUCUAAGCAGGCAUUCAGUUCUUCCUGAAUCUGCCCAAAAAUUAAUAACUCAUCUGGGUUUCCUUCUGAAAUUUUUCUCUCCUUGCCUGAAAACUUUUAACUCCAGAAUAUCUUCCACAGUGCAAGUUUUGGAUUCUUGGCUAUCUAGCUAAAGCAAGGCAAAUCCUCCAGUCUCAUUUUAUUUGCAUACAAAUUUUUCAGUGCAAGUGCAAAAGUCCAGCUGCAUUCCUGUGUGGCAAGCCAUAAAGAAUUUUAGCAAAACUGUUUACAACCUAACAUUCUCAACACUUUUCUAGUACUUUGGAAACUCCCAGUUUGCCCACGGAAACUGCUCUUGUCUCCAAAUGUAAACACCUUCCACCUUCACAGAAAAUGAUCUGUGUCACUUUGGUCUUAAUCACUGAAACUAUCUGACUUGCUCUCAGACUGACUACAAAACAGAUGACAUGACUGUCUUCAUUUUUUUUACCUUAAAGUCAUCGUCGAAAACCAUCAUCUUAUAAACCUCGUAAUGGUAAUGUGUAGAGCAGCUGGAAAUCAGCUAUGAUAAUGUUACUUCUUCCAACACAAGUGGUGAAAGAUUAAAUAUUACUUUUGAUAGUCAUAAAAAUAAUAUUAGCCUCAUGUUAUUAUGAGCAUGCUUUGCUUGUCUAGUGUUUCUAGUGGAUUGAGGGUUUCUAAAGUGAACUAUGGUAAAUAUUUUCACUGUAUGGCAGAGUAAGACUGUCACAUUCAUUUCAGUGGGUGGCAACAGAGAUUCAAUUGGUAUGUAACUUCCUGAGAUAAAUGUCCUUGCAUACAUUCAGGUCCUCAAGACAAAUGCAUGGCAAUUCAUUGUAGUGGAAGAUGAUGCAAGUCCUCAAUUAAGUAUUCUUUAAGAAUGUUGUGUAGCCAAUAAAAUGAAACUUUCACUCAGCAAUCAUCCUUCAUUAAAGUAACCAUGAAUUAUGUUAAUUAUAUUUUUCACACAACCUUGCUGAGGGAAGUUUUCUUCCAUUAGUGGGAUUUGAAGAUCAUUUUAUAAGAUGGAUUGAUUUCAUAUCUUGGAAGUGUAAGGCUUUUGCCUUCUCAAUGCAUUACCAAAUUGUAGUCUUACAUGUGCCAUUUGUCCUGAUUUCAAAUGAAAUAGUAUAAUUGUACUGCAAACAAAGUUAUAUCAGUGAUCUCAACAUCUCCUGACUGAGCUCCGAGGUCUAGUACUACUAUGAAAGGAGAGAAUAAAGUAAGUUUUUUUUAUUUGAAAACUAUUUUGCAGUUUUGUGUGGUCUACAAACUUCCCAACUGUCUACAUUGUGAAAUAGAACACGUGAUCUGAUUGAUUCAGCUUGUGUUAAAAAUUAAAUCAUUUAAUCAGAGGUAUUCCAGUUAAAUUCAGGAAAAUAUGGCUAAUAUUUUAAGUGAAAGCAUGUGUAAAGUGCAAAGUGAAGUGUAGAUUAGAAGCAUCUGGAAUGUGGUUUGUCCAAAUCAAAACUGCUCACUCAUAAUUCAGUUCUUUCAAGCAUGUUUAAUGAAGGAAUUAGAAUUUUUUUUAUAACAGCCAACUCAAGGUGCUUGAUCCUUAUAUGCAAAAAUGGACAAGGAAGAGAGAAAUCAGCCUACUUGUAUAUUUCACCUUCCCUAAAUGGUUGGCAUUUUUAUGUGAAUGUUAAAGGAAGGAUUUCCUGUGCUAUUUUGUAAUUGAGCAACAUCUAGUGAAGCCAUUAAAGAGCUGCUAUUUUGACUUCUCAAUAUCCAGUUUUACAAGGCAAAGUGUGCAUUUUUCAGACUCCACCUAUUUUCACCAGUAUUCUGUGCUUAUUUAAGCAGUUUUACUUAUCUAGGUGGGCUUCCUUGCCCUCUUACAGCUCUUUUGUCAUAAAUUCAAUAACAUUUCUCUCCUGCUAAUAAAAUUGUUAC